AUGGCGGCUGCUCCGCCAGAGAGUUCCGUCCUCUCCCUCCUCAGUGGUAUCAGCCCUCGUCUGUCGGUCAGAGAACUUGAGGUUAUUCCUUCAGCUCGAUUGCAACGACUUUAUAAUGUUAAAGUCACCGAGGGCCCAAGUCUUCUACUGGCAUUACCUCCACCUCCAGUUAUACGCCUGCUGCGAUCCGAAAAGUCAACACUGGGUUCAGAAGCUGCUUUGCUGAAGUGGCUUUCUUCUAAUUCCAGAGAAAGAAAAGUCUGCUCAAGUUCUGUUACGAAAGAAUCCAUGAGCAAGGCCACUGGAUUGGUGUUGGGCAGUGAGGCUCCUGAUAAUAUGUUGACUGCGUAUCUGCCUCUCCUAAUCAGGCAUGAGUCUGUCAGCGGCAUGUCGCCAGUUGAAUACAACCUUGUCCGACCACCACGAGGUGCAGCCAUAUCCGCACUCUCUAAAUCUCUAAGUUACAGCGAACGAAGGAUUGUGGACUUCCAAACCGGUCAACUUCUCCGUCGGAUAGCCAGUCAGGUUUCACCAACAAGGAAAUUUGGUAUUGCUGCCGAUGUGCUCUCGGUCCCGCCGUCAGUUGUCCAUCAUCCGCCACGACGUUUUGAGGGAAGCUUAAGUGAUUCAAAGGGCGCUGAUUCAUGGGGAGUGGCGUUUCAUAGCUUGAUUGAAUCCGUCCUCCGUGACGGUGAGGAUCUGACCAUUAUGCUUAACUACAAAAACGUCCGAUAUCAGUUUGCCCGCUUUGCACAUCUGCUCGAUGCGGUGACAAAUCCCAGUCUAGUUGUCAUAGACGCCGGAGAAGACUCGAACACAUUAGUGUAUCGUAUCUGCGAAACUUCCAAGAAAUUUAAGUCGCCUGCUGAGGAACUGAAAGGGGUGCCAGAGUCGAAAUUAGCACGCGGUAUGUCCAGAAGAUCGAACCUUGUGAGGAAGAGGCGACCAGACUACAGAAUAGCUAUCCAUGACGAUACCAGCGAGAAAGAAGAUCGCGCAACACCAGAGGAGUUAGUUGGGAAGCAAAUCGAGCUAACAGGAUUACGACAAUGGAGCAACUGUAUCUUUGGUGACCCUCUCAUAGCCUCCGUCUUCAGCAAGACACCAUCGCCCUCGGACGAAUUCUGGCGAGGUUUUGAUAACCCGAUACCGGGCCAAGACACCGCGUCACCCAAUAUCAUCGAAGAUAGGGAAAACGCACACAUCCGAAUCCUGCUAUACGAAUGCUAUCACGCGUUGGUAGCUCUCGUGGGAGAAUAUUACAGACCCCAGAACGACAGCAGUAAGAAAGAGCUUGCGGCGCGAAAACACCUCGCCAGUGUGCUAGCUCGGCUGGAAGAGCUUGACGAUAUGGGUCGGCAGCGGCGCAGACGCCCCAGUGGUGAGAUUUCGCCUGCAAAGAGGCCACGGUCUGGUCAAGAGAGUGAGGAAGAUAGUGAAGCCUGA